AUGGGUGAAAGUGAAAGUGUUGGGCUAUUCAUAGCUUUUCUUAUUCUAUUAGAACAAUGUCUUUAUUCUUCCGAUCGAUCAUCACUGACCCAAACAGAAAUCCUGGUACCAAAAGAAUUUGUAUUUGGAGAUGUUGAAGAGAACAUUGAAGAGAUCUACCCAUUGAGUUCAGUUAUCCUGAUGGUGUUUCUAUUGGCAGUUGCCAUUGAUAGGACUGUUGGCCAUUACUGGAAACAUCCCUACAGGAGGAGGAUGAGUUGGGCCCAUCUUUUUACAUUCAUGAUCUUCACAGCACUUAUUUAUAUCCAUCAUGCGUCACUGGAGUUUCAUGAAGGAAGCCCAGACUAUGAAGAAAUAGAUGAUGAUGGAGAUGAGGAGACUGAGAAGAACUUCAUGUUCUAUCUCUUUGUUCUCCUGGUAUUUAUCUGUGGAUUAGUCAUUGACUGGUAUUCCAGUUACACCACUAAGGAGCACACUGGGGUUUCUCCCAGACAGACCAGCCAUAGGAAGCUUCUAGAAGCGAACCUCUUGAUUGGUGAAGGCUUACUGGGAGAAGAUGAACUGGAACGAUGUCUUCCACAGAAAAGUCUUAGGAUAUUUACUGGCACCUGGAAUAUGAAUGGGAAAAAGGAUCUUCCAGACAGACUGGAUGAUUUCCUAUUUCCAUCAGGUGCCGAGUCUGCACAAGACCUGUAUGUUAUUGGGGUGCAAGAAGGCUGCCCCUACAGGCAAGAAUGGGAAAACCGUCUGCAGCGGACACUGGGUCAUCGUUAUGUCCUGCUCCACUCAGCAGCUCACGGUGUCCUGUACCUGUCGCUGUUUAUCAGACGUGAUCUUGUGUGGUUCUGCUCCGCGGUUGAAUGUGCAACCGUCACCACCAGAUUCUUCCCAAUGAUCAAGACUAAAGGGGCUCUGGCUGCUUCAUUUACAUUCUUUGGAACCUCUUUCCUCUUCAUCAAUACCCACUUUGCGGCAGGAGAUUCCAAAGUGAAAAAAAGGAUCCAGAACUACCAGAAGAUCAUCAAAGACCUGCAGCUUCCUAGAAACGUUCCUGACACAAACCCGAUUUACUCUGAUCCGGACGAUGUGACCAGUCGAUUUGAUGAGGUCUUCUGGUUUGGGGACUUCAAUUUCCGCUUGAGCAAGAGUCGGAGUGAAGUGGAUUCCAUCCUAGAGAACCUUCCAGACAAUGACAUGAGGACCCUCCUGCAGCACGACCAGCUGUCAGCAGAGGUGAAUAAAGGUUCUCUAUUCAAAGGAUUUAAAGAAGGCGAGAUCCAUUUCCGUCCCACAUAUAGAUUUAACAUCGGAUCUGAUGUCUAUGACACCAGUAAGAAACAGAGGACGCCAUCAUACACAGAUCGAGUGAUGUACAAGAGCCGGCAUCAGGACGACAUCCAUGCUCUUAAAUAUGGCUCUUGCCCACUUAUGAGACAAUCGGACCACAAACCUGUUUUUGGGCUAUUCAGAGUGUGGAUAAGACCCGGGUCCCAUGACAUUCCUUUGAGAGAACUUUAUUUGAUGGAACUAAAAAACAUAAAGUGAGAAGAACUGAUAGUGAUGGCAAAAAACAAAGAACCUCAAAAUGUAUAUUUUUAUAUGAAAAAUAUUUUUUAAUAAAAUAAAUAUUAAAAAAUUACACUUGUGCGAUCAUUGUUUUUGUAUUUAUAUCAUUAAGGGCCUGCAAGAGGGGAUAUAUGAAUUGGGCACACAAGCUGGGAGUAGUACAAAAGGAUUAUCCCAGGGCCCAGUCAGAUUUUGGCCUUAGUGGGGGCCCAUCAGGGUAGCAUAGAGUUAUGUAAAUUGCAGAACACAAUGUUAAAACUUCUGUCAUUUAAAUAACGAGUAAAACUGAUGCAACUUAUACAGACACUUCCAUAUGAAGCAGUGAUAGGGCAGUGUGACAGGUGCAGGUGUAGGUAGAGUUAAUCUUAGGGCAAACUCCACUGACCCUCAGUUUACUUACAGCAGAACAUGGGUUACAUUAAUAUCCCAAGCUUACUCACAGCAGAACACGAGAUGAACUGGAACGAUGUCUUCCACAGAAAAGUCUUAGAAUAUUUACCGGCACCUGGAAUAUG